AGAUGAGGGCCAUGGCUGACGGCCGGGCUGUGACCGCGCCGCUCCGCUCCCGCCUCUCUCUCGGUUCGGACUCCGGUUCCGGUUAGUUCCGGUUGGGCUCCGAGUUCCGCUUCCGGCCGGUGGGGGGGCGGGGCGGAGAGGCCGCCGCUAAACCACCGACAACGGAUUCACGCGGCCGCCGCCGCCGCCGGAACCGGAACCGCUCCCGGCGUGCCCCGCGCGCCAACGGCGCCACGCGGAGGAGGGGCGGGGACUACAUCUCCCGGCGUGCCCCGCGGCGGGAAAGGCGGCGCCGCGCCCCUCCCCGUAACGGCCCCGCGGCGCCCUCUUGUGGCGGCGGUGAGCAGCGCCCCGGGAAAGCCCCGGCGGGAUGGCGAUGGCGGGGCGCGGGGGACCGGCGGCCGCGCUGCUCUGCGUGUCCUUCAUCGCGGCGGCGGCGGCCGGGGCCGGGGGUCCGGAGGCUGCCGGGGGUCCGGAGGCUCCCCGGGGCCGUGCCGCCGCCGCUGACCCGCUGUCGCGGCUGGGACGAGCUGCGUGGGAGGCGCUGGAGAGCUGCGUGGGCCCCCAGCCCCUGCAGCUCGUGGCCGAGAGCCUCUCAACCACCCUCUGGGUUGUAUCCUCGGGGAUCUCGGCGGCUCUGACCACGCUUUGUGGCAUCGUCGGCGACCUCCUGGCGACGUCCGGCUUCACCGGCAAGCAGCUGCUGCAGGGAGCUGCCCCGGGCCCCGGCGAGGUGCAGCGGGUGCUGCUGUGGGCUCUGGUCGCCGCGGUGGGUUCGUGGCUGCUGGCGCGGUGCUGGGGGCUCGUGGUGCGGGUGCUGAGGUGGGCGACACUCUGCUGCUUCCUCGGAGCUUUCCUCCACGUGGCGACGUCCCUGGAGAACCCCACGCUGCAGGCGGGGCUGCUGCUGGCGCUCUGGCUGCUCUACAGCCUCCUGGGGAGGUGGCUCGGGGGAUGCCCCGGCGCCAGCACCCGGCUGGAUGCGGCCGUGCGCAGCCUGGAGUGGAAAGUGGAGGAGUUGCAACGGCGCCAGAAAUGGGGGGGCCCCCGGAACCGGGAGGAUUAAGGGCGGGGGGAAGGGGUGUAUCCAUCCCCCCUCCACACUGUUUUGGGGGUCAGUGUGCCUCUGUGCCCCUCCAAGCAUGCUCCUGCCUCUGUCUGCCUCCCCCCCUCGCUUCUCCCAUCAAUCCCCCCCCCUCACUUUACACACCAAAGCUGGGGGACCCCCCCCAUCCCAAUGUCCCCCCUCAGCUCUGCACCCCAAACCCUCAGCCCUGCACUUGGUGCCUUCACAACAGCCAGCAGUGCCUUCCCCCAGGGGGGGUGGUUCUCUUAGUGCCCUGGCACCCCCUCCCCGUGCCCCCAUCCCCAAAUGCAGCCAGGGAGGGGAGGGGACCCUCCUGACCCCCAGCUUGCCAACGGUUCCCUGGGCACCCUCCCAGUCCAAAAUGGGGGCUCUGCUCUUAUGGGGGGGUUCAUAGCCCCCCCUCCCCGAGGCUGGCCCCCUCCUUGCUGUCAGCAUUGGGGCUUUAAGCAGCUUUUUAAACUGUUUUGAUAUCGUGGUUCAGAAUAAAGGUGGGUUUGUGUCAGCCCCCUC